GGGAGGGGAGCGGCAGCGGCCGCCUGGCGCCGGCUGUCAGCGCUGCAAGAGCCGUGGGUCCGGCCGCGCGGGGCGGCUUCGGCGGACGGCGGAGCCCCCUCGCCAUGGAGCCGCAGGCGCAGGGCCUGUUGGAAACCCAGUCUUUGCAUGAAGCAGAUGAAGAUGUAGUCACUGAUGUUGAUUUCACCAAUAUGAUUUCUGAAGAAGAAAAAGAAGAAUUAAAGAUUGAGCUAGCCAAGCUAGAGGAUGAAAUUUCAACUUUGCGGCAAGUGCUAGCAGCCAAAGAAAAGCACCUGGUUGAAAUUAAACAAAAACUUGGCAUAAGUCUGAUGAAUGAACUGAAGCAGAACUUUAGCAAAAGCUGGCAUGAUAUGCAGACAACCUCUGCUUACAAGAAAACACACGAGACCCUGAGCCAUGCAGGACAAAAAGCAACAGCAGCUAUCAGCAAUGUAGGAACUGCUAUCAGCAAGAAGUUUGGAGAUAUGAGAUCGCAUUCAAUUGGUUACUCUAUUCGCCAUUCCAUAAGCAUGCCUGCAAUGAGGAAUUCUCCAACUUUCAAAUCGUUUGAGGAGAAGGUUGAGACCACUGUCACAACCCUUAAGACCAAGGUUGGUGGGACAAGCCACACAGGGGGCAGUUUUGAAGAAGUCCUCAGCUCUACAGCCCAUGCCAGUGCUCAGAGCUCUCUUGCUGGUACCCGACUCCCUGAGAGCGAAGAAGAGCUUCAGUGUUAAACCGCAGGCCCUCCUGAGCCUCGCAUGCCUCCCUUCAGAGACUUGCCUAGCCCGUGAGUUUUAGGCCUCCCUUGCCACCCAACUUGUGCAACAAGGUUUUGUCAGCUUUGGAAAAUUGCCUCCCUGGCCUUGUGCUGGAGAAAUGUUUCCUCUCUCUAUUUGUAUUUUCAAUGGGCCAUUUUAUCAUCAGGUACUUUGUACACCAUAGAAACCAGACAUAAGUCAUUGACUUAUCAUUGUUAGGUGACCAAAAUAGCUUUCAUUUUCACGUAACUUUCCUCCAACAAUCUCCCAGUCUCUGUUUCUUAUUUCUUUUAGUUUACGGUUUUCCAUCUGUUGGUUUCUAACUCCCCUUUCAGUGCCACAUCAGACAGAUGGACCUAGAGCUGGGCAAAGAUUUCUACUGCCAGCACUAGUCCCAUAUACCAGCUGCCUGCCAGCCAUACCAGGUGUCCUUUGCUCAGGAGUCUCUGUACACGAUCCGCUUUCUAAAGGAAAUAAAAUCACUGUCACAGAAAGUUUUUUCUUCUUCACUGGUACAGUCUGGUAUUGCCCUCCACCCAUGGGUCAGCAGAGUAAAGGACAGGAAGAGACAGCCAGUGAUUCAUAUAGAAACUGAACUGAUUACAGCUGCCGUUUUAAGAUGAUCGUUGUAGCUGGAAAAGCUUCAGUUUAAAAUAUGUUCCAUUGCUCGGUCUCUGUGGUUUGGUAAGACUUGACAGUGUAAGUAAGUUAAUUACAGAAGAAGCGGAGGGAACCUCUAAUAUUUUUGCCUCCGCUAUCUUUCCCUCAAAAAUAAGGCAAGGUAUAUUUAUGAGCAUAAGUUAAGAUACAGCCUUAAGUGAAAGAACACAAAACCAACAGCUGGCUUAAGAUGUGCCAUAGGUGAGCAAGCCCAUGCCUUCAGUCUGCAUUUCAGAGCUGCUAGCGCAAACCCUGUUAUCUCACAUGCAGGAUGAGUAGGUGCUUCACUUUGUCAGAUUUUGUCAUGCUUCGCUCCAGGACCUAACUCCACCAACUGCAUAAUAUCUGCUUAAUCACUACGAGCCAGUCAUCUCUCAGCUUUGAUUCAGCAUGUUUUCUUGCAUCCUUUCAACAUUUUUAAAUGAGAAAAAGAAAAGAGCAGCACACUUGUGACACUGCCUUCUUGUCUAGUGAGCCGGCGUCAGUCUGCAUGUUGCACUACUUGGUUAACCAGACUGACAUGAGCACAGCUUUAUCAAUAAACAAGAUGGAAAAGAAUCUGGCUACUUUCAAAAAGGAUGCAUUUUUUGAGCAUAAGCCAAAGCUUCAAAUCAGUGUUAAGUGAGUUUGACAUUACAGAUUGCUUAAAAUCUUGUGAGAAAACAUGGCUUUCAGUGAUUUUUUUCCUGUGUGGCUUUUGUUAGUUUUUACAAAGUUGGAAGUCCUUUUGUCAUAGUCUACUGGACAUGAAUUAACUUUGGACAUUUAUAUCAAAUGCCUCUUUAGUGUGAUUUUUAGCAUGGAAGCAAAUUAACUAGUUUGUUGGGGUUUUUAAUACAGUUUUCUUGUGACAGUUGCUAGCUUAUUUUACGUGGGUUUGUGCAUAAAUGUGAAUUUAUUUAAAUAAAGAAAAGAUUAAUGGUCAACUUAGUUUGUGUAAAUGAAGUUAUUGAUAUUAAAAAUAAAUCUCUCUUACUCUUUUACACUUUGUGAUUUUUUUUAAUUCUGCGCAUUUACUAGAAUUACUGUGCAUCUCUAAGCCUUGCUAUAUCACAGCAGAGUAUCAAAGUAAAUUGCAAGAACAGUCAGCCAUUCCUAGUGUCUUUAAAAUCUGUUCAGCUUCUUCUGAACCUGAAAUUCCCCACAGAAAUCUGCAACCCGAAUUUUGAACAUUUUGAGGUUCAAAGGAGAGAAAUAAUUGAACCAAGUUCAGUAGAAGUGAAAUGCGUGGCAGAAAACAUUUUCUAGGUCUAAACCAUUGAUCUCUUUUGAGCCAAACCAAGGUUAAAACAUGGAGUUCAAGCACUGGCACCUGCUGCAGGACACAGAUUUAGACCUCAAUUUAUUUAUAUAUUUAUGUAUGUAUAUAUGUACACAGAGAAAAAUGCUUCUGGGAAAGCAGGCAAUUGCUUUUAACAACAUCAUAAAAGAGUGCAAUUUAAAGAGCUCGUGUAUGACUGUUAGCAGAGGUAGGCUGGCCAGAUAAGCUGCUCUUCCAUAUAAAUCCUUACAUGUUAUUUUCAUUACAGCAGCUGCCACUAUGCACAGGGUCAAGGCUGGUUUGACUGUAUUGGGAGAAAGACAAGGGAGGAGGCGGUUUCCUCCCAUAGGGUGCGUGUCCUGGGCCUAGCACGUUUUUCCUACACAUGAAGAGCGCACUUCAGUACUGCAUGAGGAAGCCUGAAGCCCCACAGACUGUUUGCUAACCUUUCUAGGAACCUGUCAUCAUGCCUCACGCUUUCUGAUCACGCUGCUCCAGUCUCUUUCCAACCACCCCCAUUUCCAUUCAAACGCAGUUCCCAAAACGGCCAUUAGCCUGCAGUUGCCCCGAGUGGACAGGAACGUGAUUUUAACAAAGUACUUGCUGGAUGUCAAAACAAAACCAAACCCCGCACAAUGCACACGCAAACCACGUCUCCAUUUCCCAGGUCAGUUUUUACAUUUCUUGCACCAGCGUGCUGCUGACCAGGGUUCGGUGCUCCGUCCCCUGGAUCCCCCGCAGAACUGAGUGUCACCAGCCAGUAAAGCCGGCUGCUGCGCUGGAGAAACCGGUUGUUCCUGCUGGGGCAGCACUUGUGCUUUGUGUAUUUCUGUCAAAGGGCUCUUUAAGGCCACUUUUCUUGUUUGUCAAGACAGAACUGAGAACUUUCUUUUAAUGCAUCCGUAGCUCCCCCAUGCUUGGCAUGGUAUUCAAUGCAAACCAAUACAGACUACGAUUUGCGCGCAUCUCUGUGGAAUAAAAACGCUGAAGCUCAGCAGGUCCCAGUCCAUCACCCUUGCGCCACAACAAUCAGCUGCCAGUAACCACUACCAGAGUCCCCCAUUGCUCAGUAAAACACAGCUUACCUUCCAGGGUUUCCACAGGGCACAACUGCUUGUUGUGCCUUGUGGGGUACCCCGAGCAGAGCAAGCAGCCGAAAUCUCACCCAGACCAAUCUCUGCAGAUUUUGUGCACUGUGCCAGCCACCAAGGCACGAGCUCCCAGCAGCUCCAACAGCACUCCGAGCCUCUGCCAAAGGGACUGGCCACAGGACGCAGCGCAAGCUUCUGUCAGGCCCGCGAAGUUUCCAUAAAGGAGCCUUUUCCUGAGUCACGGUGCCCGAGGAUGUGUGCUCAGCUAAACUACCUACCUUUAAAGUGGGCGACAACUGAACCUGGUUUUAUGCUGCCUCAUGAGGCUGAAGGCAGAGGAGCUAGCUCUCCCUCUACCACGUAAUUUUUCCAGUGCAAACUCUCUUUAUCUGGUAAUUGUGACAUCACCCGAGUCUGCAGCUGCACACAUGACGCAACAGUUAGUAGCGCAGACACUGGCCCUGGUAUGGCUUCUGCAACCACUACAGUUUACUCGACAACCAUACUGUAAUUUUACAUGAGCAUUAUUACUUCCACUAAAAACUGUCUACGGCAGAAACAGUGCCAGAGUGUUACAGCCGGAACAAAGGACAGACAGCUUGUACUUGUACAUGGGCAUACAGGCUUUUGUGUUAGACUGUGCAAGCUCCAAACACCCCUCAGCUAUUCUGUGAUUAUCAAUUACCUGUGCAAGACUCUGUAAAAUUGCCAGUCUGCGUGAGGGGGAGUCUGGAGUACUGGCCUUACAGAAAUGUCAACAUCAUUCCCUGGUACAACGCAUGAACAAUGGAAAAAAAAUGUAUGAAACAAUAAACUGAGAAACUGUAAUUGAUGAGAUUGCCAUUUUUAUCCACCAUCACUUCUUAAGGCUCAUGCACUCCAAAGAAAUUUCAUCUCUAAGUCUGGCUCUGUCAGGAGAGAAAUGUGCUCAUUGAUCUCACUUAUGUGUAGCACGGUGAACAGACAUUAACCCAUUUGAUAUAGAAGGUAUUUAAAUCAUACUUGGAAGUCACAGAACAAGACUGCCUGUCCCAGUCAGAGCAUCACAUGAACAGAUCAGCUGACUGCAAUCAGCUAAUUUUUAAACUUACCUGAAUUUCCCCAGUGGAGAAUCUAUUUGUAACUGAGGCUGCAUCAAUCAGAGGGUGAUUAAAAAAAAGAAAAAUCCCAAACAAGCUGAUUCUAAAUAUUUGCUCCUUG